AUGCAGGAGCCAGGACGGACUAAGGGUUUCUUAUGCAAGCAUUGUGGUAUAGCGUGUGUAAGCAUGCCCAGUCUUCUGGAGCACGUGGAUAGCUAUCAUAAGUCUGAGGAAGAUCGGAAGUUCAAAUGUGGCGAGUGUGGACGGGGCUAUAGGCACGCCGGCAGUCUGGCUAACCACAAGAAGACACACGAGGUUGGUUCAUUUCAGUGUCAGAUCUGUGCGAGGAACCUUUCCAACCUGCUCGCUUUGAAAAGUCAUCUGCGUAUCCACACGUCACAGAAAAAGUAUUCCUGCGCGGAGUGCGGCAAGGCCUUUAGACUGGCCACCCAGCUGGCCACUCACCAGAAGGUUCACCGCAACAGGGAGUCACGAGGGAGGACCAAUCAGAAAAGUGAAAUAGAAUAUGAAAUUAGUGAUGAUUACGUUGAUGAUGAGCUGCAGCAUGUAGGUGAGCAGGAUUUUGACGAGGUUCCAGAUCUGCAGUCAGACAUCGGAUUGGACAUUCCUCCAGAGAACAGCCUUAGCAAUAGCACGAUGCCCGAACAUGUCUCCAGCCCCACCCCCGAGAGUGAUGCGGCGGCCAGCGGUGAAGGUGGGGAUCGCCCUUUUAAAUGUGAUCAGUGUGACAAGACAUACAGGCACCACGGAAGCCUGAUUAACCACAAAAAAUCUCACCAGGUCGGCCUCUUUGAGUGUCCUCUCUGCUUCAAACACUUCAGCAACCUCGCUGCCCUCAACAGCCACCAACGAAUCCACACCAAGCCCAGAGGUCGCUCGGGCACCGCCGCGCCAGAGACUGGCCACAAUGAUUGUAACCCAGAACAUAUGCCAGAGAAUGGAGAUAUAAACACGUAUUUCUGUCACCUUUGUCAGGUAGCAUUUUCUAACGAGGACGACUUUCAGAAUCACAUCCUGUUGCAUAACUCGUCCUCAGUGUCCUUUGAGCUCCCUGACAGCAUACCAGAGGACCAUAACUUCUCAUAUGACCACAGUGUUACUCAAUCUCCAGAGUCCAAUCCUUAUCCCCCAUCCAGUGACACUCCACCAAUGCCUCCGUUAUUGGACGAAGCUGAGCAAUAUGACCAAACAGAGAGGCCCACUGAAAAUGGUCAGAUAUACAUACCCCAGCCUAUAGACGAUCCCCCAUGUGUACUGGAUACUCAGGGAAUGCCCAAGGCCCUGACCUCAGAGAAUUUCAGUUCUGAUUCCCAACCCUCAGAGCAGGUGAAUGAUGAAGUAAAGCAAGAGGAAACCUCAGAUUCUUCAGACAGGCGUUUCAAAUGUCACAUUUGUGGUAAGAGUUACAGGCAUGCAGGAAGCCUCAUUAACCACAAGCGCUCUCAUCAGACAGGCAUCUUCCAGUGUUCGAUCUGCCGCAAGAACUACCCACACCUGGCUGCCCUGCGCAGUCACCUGCGCAUCCACAGGGGUCGACCUUCCACCUUAGCCCAGAGUGCAGAGGGCGACUGGCUUUCCCCAGAGCCUCUGACGCUCGAGAACCAGCAGGGUUGCUUCUCCUCUCAAGAGGACGAUGAAAACAGCAUGCUGGCCCAUCCUCAGGACUUCGGAGGUCAUGCACAUUUGAAUUCUGAUGAUAAACAUGACAGUAGUCUGGAGGCCUCAGAGUUCGAUGAGCAGUUUGACGUAACCUUCCCCCAGGACAGGGCCAUGCACCUACCUCAGGAUGAACCUUUUGUGGAGAGGCACAUGUGUGCAGACUGUGGAAAAACGUUUAGCAACAUUGCAGGAAUCCGGUUGCAUGUCUGUUCCCACAGGAAUCCGCCCUAUCAGGGUUUGACCAACGGUGCAGCCGGUGACUUGGACUUUCAGAAUGUGAAUCAUCAGGACUUCUCGGGAGAUUCAGGGGAGUGUAUCGGUUUUGAGGGUCACAACGGUGGUGCCGCUGAGGCUUACUUAACGCAGAAUGCCUUCCACGACAGUAUACACAGUGAGGUGAUGAGGGACGAUGAAGGCAAAGUCCACGGUGAGGAGGAAGAGGAGGAUGAUGGAGAGAUGUAUCAGUGCUCUGUGUGUGGAAACCACUACACCAGUAUGCGUGCUCUGAGGAGCCACCUCCGCGGUCACACUCAAACCCACAGCACACCCUCAACCUCCGGCCCUUCCUCUCUGUCCUCCCUCGAGGUUGACGGAGAUGACAAACCAGGGGAGAGUUACCAAGGCGAAGGCAGUCUGGUCAUCUGCAGCACAUGUGGAGAGAGCUUCAUAAAGAAACAGGACCUUCUGGCCCAUCAGCUCCUGCACACUGACCCAGAGUUAGAUCAGUCAGAACCGUAUCCAGUGGACCACCAGAAUGAACUCAAACCGAAAGAGGAGCUGGAGGAGGAGAGCAUCAUCUGUGGGAAAUGUGGUGUAACCUGUACCAGCUUCCAACAUCUCAACUCUCAUUCGUGCCCAGGACAAAAAGGAGACGACCCAGUAAAGUCUGAAGACAAACCAGGGCUUGGAUAUUCGCUCAGGCAGGAUUUUGAGUGUCGUAAAGAGACCCCUCGUGCCGGGGAGCGCCAGUAUAAAUGUGAUCAGUGUGGGCGUUCAUACAGGCAUGCGGGCUCUCUGCUUAACCACAAGAAGUCCCAUAAAACCGGCGUGUUUCGCUGCCUAGUUUGCCAGAAGAGGUUUUACAACUUGCUUGCCCUCAAGAACCACCAGAGGACACACUUUGAUGUUAAGAAACACAGAUGCACAGAAUGUGGGAAAGCCUUCAAAAUCCGUAAACAACUGUUGAACCACCAGAGGGUUCACCAAGAAAACCAGGCCAAGAUCCAAGAACUGAACAAUCAGAUUCAGACCCUCAUGCAGAUGAAUGGGAACGUCUCAGGAGGCGGAGUGCAGUCGUUCAGCGGGAACAGGAGGAAAACAUUACGCCGCCGUAAGCAAAGGGAGACCCCUGCUAGCCACGAAUCCAGCACAAAGACAGAAGGCAAGACUAGCGAUCCAAAUAACCCUCGCCCUUACGUCUGUGACCAGUGUGGGCGGAGCUACAGGCACGCAGGAAGCCUGGUCAACCACAAAAACUCACAUAAGACAGGCGAGUACUACUGCGCUGUGUGCAAUAAUACCUAUUCCAACCAGCUGGCGAUGAAGAACCACCUCCGAAUUCAUUUUGCGGUGAAGAAGCAUUGCUGUCAAGACUGUGGGAAGGCUUUCAGAGGAAAGCGACAGUUACUAAACCACAGCUGCUCCCGGCACAGGAAGAACGCUGUAACUGGAACGAGAGGCAGGGGGCGCAGGCGAGCAAAGGACCUGACAUGCAAAGGUUGCAGGUUGGCGUUUCCCUCUGCUGACCUUCUAGCUGCACACAGUUGCGAGAAAGGAAACGUCUCUUUGCCAGAGUGUGACGACAACGGAGCGACAGACAGACCCUCACAGAAAGAGGAGCGACCGUUUAAGUGCAACAUCUGUGGUCGCAGCUACCGUCACGCAGGGAGUCUGCUGAACCACAAGAACACACACAAGACCGGCCAUUACAAAUGCACCUUCUGUGCCAAACCCUUCUCCAAUCCCAUGGCAUUACGAAACCACACCCGCAUUCACACGCAAGAGAAAAAAUACGUCUGCCCCACGUGUGGCAAAGCCUUCCGGCUCUCCAGCAUUCUCCACAACCACCUGAAGAUCCAUGCCAGGGGUGUCUCCCACUUCAGCUGUCAGUCGUGUGGGAAAAGUUUCCAGGGCAGGUCAGGACUGAAGAGGCACCGCUGCUUCAGAAACAGCUCAUCAGACUCAGCUGUCAGUCAUGGAGAGGGAGGAGACAAGUGUUACACGUGUGAUCAGUGUGGUCGUUCCUAUAGACACGCUGGCUCCCUUCUCAACCAUAAGAAGACUCACUCUGCAGAUCUUCUCCACUGCACUCUGUGCCUGAAAACCUUCUCCGACCCUGCGGCGCUGCAGGCCCACACUCAGAUGGUGCGUCACUGCUGCCCGGACUGUGGCAAGACCUUCUGUGAGUUUGCACACAUGCAGAGCCACAUGGAGGUGCACAGUAAAGGACAUCCCUACUUCUGUAACCUCUGUCAGCAGAGCUUUCCAAACAUGGUCAGCUUCCAGCAGCACCAGGAGCUCCACCGUAACGUCCAGGCACAGCCCCAUCACCACCAGAUGGAAGAAGACCUGGGCUGGGGCUCGGAAAUGGACCAGCACACGGACCUCCAGGGCCUGCCCAAGAUGGCUCCAGCCUUCAGCCGGGUCCACAGCGGUUUCCCUGAGCCCCAGGAGCCUCAGGUGGGAAGCGAUGUGUUUGAGAAAGAGGAGAAGAGCCACGUCUGUGAGCACUGCGGACGCACCUACAGGCACGCCGGCUCCCUGCUCAACCACAAAAACAGCCACAAGACGGGAUCUUUCUUCUGCUCUGUCUGUCAGAAGGAGUUCACCAACCUGAUGGCGCUGAAGAACCACCGGCGGAUCCACACGGAGCCUAAACGUUACCAGUGCCUGGAGUGCGGCAAGGCUUUCCGUGUCUCGACACAGCUCAUCUGCCACAGACGCAUUCACACCAAAGAGAAGCCCUUCUCCUGCCUCCUGUGUGACAAGAGUUUCUCCAGCAAGUCCAACCUUAGGCACCACCAGAAGAUGCACCAGAACUCACAGCAGACCUUUGAGUCGUCCUUCAGCAUGGACGACAGCGCGUUUAUGGACCUGAACGUGGACUCAUUCCUCUGAGCGUGGACCUGAGGAAGCCUUAGUGAAAUCUCGAUGUUCUUAGAGAAGCUAUCAGUGAGACUUUUUCCCCCACCCAAGGCCCAGUGCCAGCAAUCAUCAAACAAUCAGGUUUUUCUGCCCUACUUGCCAAGGAGCUGUUCUGACCGCUGAACGAUCUUGGCAGGUGUGGCCUCUUAUACUGUUCUAUUGUUCAGAUGGUUUUCAUUGGCGGACGUUUGAGUCUGGCAUUGUCGAGAUUCUACCUCUGGUAGGGACAGUGAUACUGUAAACAUUUGUA